UGUUCCCUUCACACUACCUAUAGGGUGGGAGGAACAAGGGAGAUGUUCCUUUCACACUACCCAUAGGGCGGGAGGAUCCCUUAUAUCUAAUAAUUUUUUAACGUGGGAGAUGUUCCCUUCACUUUAUCUUUGGGGUGAGAGGAACGUCCCUUAAAGACUAACAAUUUAACUUCAUUUUUAAUUAAAAAGAUGGACGCACAAGGCGGAAUCUAUGCCCUCAUAAUUACCGGAACUAAAAAAGACCCACACGCAACAAUUCAUCAAAUUGUCCCUCCAAACUCUGUCAGCAUUCUUUGGCAGUUACCCCAAAUUUUUGUUAUUUCUGUCGCUGAAAUAUUAGUUUCGAUAACUGGAUUAGAGUUUGUGUACUCACAGUCUGGCCCUUCUAUGAAGGCAAUAGCUAGUGCCUGUUGGAGUUUAACCUCAUCACUUGGCAGCAUAAUUAUUAUGUAA